UCAUUUCAUUUGUCGAAUUGGGCUAUAAAUCAAGGGCGAUCGGGUGUGAUAAUUCCCAUCCCAACAUCGAAAUCGACCUGAAUUUCAAUUUCUUCUUCAAAUUUUCAAGAUGCAAAUCUUCGUCAAGACCCUUACUGGCAAGACCAUCACCCUUGAGGUGGAAAGCUCCGACACCAUUGAUAACGUCAAGGCCAAGAUCCAGGACAAGGAAGGAAUCCCACCAGACCAACAGAGGCUUAUCUUCGCUGGAAAACAGCUGGAGGAUGGCCGUACCCUUGCAGACUACAACAUUCAGAAGGAGUCCACCCUCCACUUGGUCCUUCGUUUGAGGGGUGGUAUGCAAAUCUUUGUUAAGACCCUUACUGGCAAGACCAUCACCCUCGAGGUGGAAAGCUCCGACACCAUUGAUAACGUUAAGGCCAAGAUUCAAGACAAGGAAGGGAUCCCCCCAGACCAGCAGAGAUUGAUCUUUGCCGGUAAACAACUCGAGGAUGGCCGCACCUUGGCUGACUACAACAUCCAAAAGGAAUCCACCCUUCACUUGGUGCUCCGUCUCCGCGGUGGUAUGCAAAUCUUUGUGAAGACACUCACUGGGAAGACCAUCACCUUGGAGGUUGAGAGCUCGGACACUAUUGACAAUGUCAAGGCUAAAAUUCAAGAUAAGGAGGGUAUCCCCCCAGACCAGCAGAGAUUGAUAUUUGCCGGUAAACAACUCGAGGAUGGCCGCACCUUGGCUGACUACAACAUCCAAAAGGAAUCCACCCUUCACUUGGUGCUCCGUCUCCGUGGUGGUAUGCAAAUCUUUGUGAAGACACUCACUGGGAAGACCAUCACCUUGGAGGUUGAGAGCUCGGACACUAUUGACAAUGUCAAGGCUAAAAUUCAAGAUAAGGAGGGUAUCCCCCCAGACCAGCAGAGGUUGAUAUUUGCCGGUAAACAACUCGAGGAUGGCCGCACCUUGGCUGACUACAACAUCCAGAAAGAGUCGACCCUUCACUUGGUGCUUCGUCUCCGUGGUGGUAUGCAGAUUUUUGUGAAGACACUGACUGGGAAGACCAUCACCUUGGAGGUUGAGAGCUCGGACACCAUUGAUAAUGUCAAGGCUAAGAUCCAGGAUAAGGAAGGUAUCCCUCCGGACCAGCAGAGGCUGAUCUUUGCAGGGAAGCAGCUGGAGGAUGGCAGGACUCUUGCGGACUACAACAUCCAGAAGGAAUCCACUCUCCACCUAGUCCUCCGCCUUCGUGGUGGUUUCUGAGUGAUGAUCAUUUGAAGAAGUGUGAUUGCUGAUUGGGAUCUAGCAUUAUGUUUAUGGUUUUUAUGCUUUGUGUGGGCUUGCUGUGAUGCAGUGGCUAAUUACUAAAAAUAAAUUAUAAGAACUUUUAUAGUUUGUU